CCGGAACCAGAAUGUCUGGUUUUAUAUCCUUGAAAAAUACCAAAUAGGCGCGAUUCUAUAUAAAACCAAAUUUGGAUGGAAUUUAGAUCAGAUAGUCCGCCCCAACUGUCACGUCGGUCAAUAUGAAGGUUCUCCUGUGCAUCACCAUAGCAGCUAUUGGCCUUGUCCAAGCAAGCUAUCUCAAAGAAACAGCUAAAGAUAAAAGAAGUAUCGGUGCCUACCACUUAGGAGACAGCUACCUAGAUGAUGGAUUAGAUAGUUAUGGUGGCGGUUAUAGUGGCGGAUAUUCUGGUGGCUUUGGUAUCGGCAGUGGAUCAACCCACAGUCACAGCCACACCCACGAAGUUAAAACUGUACCGGUUCCUGUACCUCAACCUUAUCCUGUUACAGUUGAGAAAAGAAUCUCCGUACCACAACCCUAUCCUGUUCCUGUUCCUGUUGAAAAACCUGUUUAUGUUCGGGUCCCAACUCCAGUUAAAGUACAUGUACCGCAACCGUACCCAGUUGUGAUCAAAAAACCAGUAUACAUCCAUCAUAACACUUAUUCAUCCGGUCUAGGCGGAUAUGGAUUGGGUUAUGGCUCUGGAUCAUACGGAUCUGGAUACGGAGGUGGUUAUGGAUCAGGUUAUAGUUCUGGCUUACACGGAUCCGGUUAUGGAACUGGCCUUAGUGGACACUAUAGCUCAGGAUAUGGAGGUUUAGGUGGAAGUUCCGGAUAUUCUUCUGGUUCUGGACAUUAUGCUCACGCUUCCGCCUCCGCGGGAUCCGGAUGGUAAAUCGCGUAUCAAAUACACAAACAUUUUGUUGGUACAAAUUUACAGUAUGCAAAUAAACUGUACAACUGUAAUAAUUAUGAAAAAGGCUGUAUAUUAAAUUUUUUUUGUCCAAA